GAAUCAGCUGUUUGUAUGACGUCACACUGGUGCAAUUGUUGAUUUUGAACUUAACAAUUUAUUUGUGUGUUAUUUCUGCGAGAUUUUAAGCAAUUCAAAGUGAUUAUUUAAACUUUAUAAACUUAUACUAAGGCAAAAUGAAGUGUGCAGUGGCAAAUUGUGAUAGUGAAAACUAUAGGCAAGCGUGCGAUAUAAGCUUUUUUUCGUUUCCUACGGACGAAGCUCUCGCCAGAAAGUGGAUGCAGUUUUGCCGGCGAGGAAGUGCAUUAUUGAAUCCCAAAUCGAGCUACGUGUGCAUGAAGCACUUUUCUAGUGAAGAUAUAGAAAACAAUCGACAGUUCGAAAUGGGAUUUGCAAAAAAACGCCUUUUAAAGCGUGGUGCUGUGCCCAGCAUUUACCCAGAGGAUGGGGAAACCUCCCAGCGUGCCGAAAGUGUUCAGCGCGAGGAGUACAAACAAAUUGUCAGCGAGUUACUUCAGCAGAGUGAACCUGUCGCAGUCAAUGAAGUUGUUAUAGCCGAGGCGAAUAACAGUGCCAACGUUGUUCCGAUUGACGAAAAUGUGGAGAAUAAGGAAAAUAGCCUAGUGGAUGCAAAUCUUUCCGAAAUCCCCGCGACUUCAACACCUCGUAAAGUCUUCUACUACGACAGCAGUUUGGAAGAAGUUGAGGAGCUGGAAGCUCAACUAAAAAGACUUAAGCGAGAAAACAAGACUCUGUUAAUGAAUAACAAAAAGAAGGACAUGGAACUGGCGGCACUCCAGCAAAAGUACGGUAAUGAGAAAAAGAAGCAUGACUAUGAGGUGGAACAGCUGAAAAAACGCUUGGAUGAAUACGAAGAUAUGUGUAAAAACAUGGAGAGCAAACUGCUGACCAUUUUCACGAAGGGUCAGGUUUCGAAACUGAAGCACGACAUUAAGAAACCUACUUGGAGUCAAGAAGACAUCGCGAAUUCCAUCACGUUGUACGCCGCAAGUGAUGAACGUCAGGGUUCCACACGCAGACUCAAGAACACGGUGCCACGCCUACGGUCUAGCAAUUGAUGAGCAGGUCAAAAUAUUAGACGCUAUGACGGAAAUGGUCAAAAAUAUGAGGGUGAUAGGAAGACAAACUUUGCUACCAUUUCAAAGAGGUAUCAUACAGUCGAACAACGCGCUCAAGAUGUUGUAUGGAAGCGUUCAAAGCCGGUUCAAUGUUAAAUAUAUUUUAACAUAUCGCUUGAACCAGGAUGUGCUGGAAAAUUUCUUUGGAGUAAUUCGAGCCAAGGGCGGUUUGCAUGACCACCCGGACCAGCAAGAAUUCAAAUAUCGUCUACGAGAAUAUUUGCUUCGACGCAAUGAAGGCGUGAUAUCGAAUGCAGCAAAUGUGGAAGAAGACGAUACACCCGACUUAGAAAUGUCGCAGCCCCCUCUUACAGGUAAUGAAAAUUUAUUGUUAGCUAGAAUAGAAUACAUUUUAAUCUUUACUUGUAUAGGUG